UUUUAACUUGUGCUGUUCACAAAACGAGUGUGUUUGAAACAUUUUUAGUUUAAUUCAAACUUGAAUGCAAAAUGGAAGAUGAUAGCGAUCAUUUGGAGUUUUCCGAUCACGAAAUCGACGACAAAAAACACGAUAAAAUAAUCGCGAACGUAUUAAAUCUAAACAAAGUGCAAAAUGUGAAGAGCCCCUACAGGACCGAGCCCACUACUCAGAUAUCGGAAUUCAAUUUAGUGAAAUCGUUGAGCAACAAUCACACAGUGCAUAUUAACGAGUUAACGAAAACGUUGAAAGAUAGACGUAAACAUGCCGAGAUUGUCCAGAAGCUCAAAUCGGUAAGCGGUAGGACCAAAACGCUGCUGAAACCACUAGAAAAGCCCCAAGCAGAGCGGAUUAAAAGAACUUUAAACUACGAGAAAUCGAGGCUUCAAUUAGAUCGUUGGGAAGCUUUGGUAGCAUCGAACAGAUCAGCUUCCCAACUUCGCUUUCCCCUAGGCUCUGUCGAGAAGGUGAAAACUAUAGAAAAGGAAGCCCAGGUGUACCCUAGCACGUUUCGAGUCAAGUCCGAGCUGCAAAAGAAAAUCGAAGCUCUAGAGCCGAAAGUCGAAGAGUACAGAAUAGACACUGACGAAGCGAACAAUGAAUUUCCGUUGACAUUAAGCGAGCUGAAGGAGAAGAGGAAAGAGGCCGCCAAGCUGCGGGCCCACCAGCACUUCAAGGAGGCGAAAGCGCGACGGCAGAACAAAAUCAAGAGCAAAAAAUACCACAGGAUAUUGCGCAGGGAGAAAAUCAAACAGAAGCUAAAAGAAUUCGAGGAGCUGCAAAAAACGAAUCCCGAAGAAGCUCUGAAGAAAUUAGACGACAUCGAGAAGGCCAGGGCUGAAGAACGGUUCAGUUUGAGGCACAAGGGAACCGGACAAUGGGCUAGGAAUAAGCAAGUCAGAGCAAAGUAUGAUAAAGAGAGUAGAAAAGAACUGGCUCAACAACUGGCUGUAAGUCGGGAACUUACCCAAAAAACUAAACUUACCAACAGCGAUUCUGAAGAUGAGGCCAUCGAAUCGAGUAAUCUACCAUCCAAGCAAGCUAAUGAAAAUAACCCUUGGGUUAACGGUGUUAAACCAAGCAAAGAUGUAACAGAUUUUGUUAGUGGUUAUAGAAAAUUUUGGAACGAGGUUAAUUCUAAUGCGCAAGAAGUGAACGAAACAGAUGAAUGUGAGAAACCUCAAGCAACACCAGCGAAUGGUGUAAAAAUGGGCAAAAAUAAAAUGAAAAAGAUGGAGAGAACUAGUAACAAGAAUAAACCACUAUCUACUUUAUCCAACAAAGUAGGAUGCGAGAAACCUCAAACAACAUCAGCGAAUGGUGUAAAAAUGGGCAAGAAUAAAAUGAAAAAGAUGGAGAGAAAUAAAAACGCUAAUAAACCACCAUCUACUUCAUCGAACAACGUUUCUAGUACAUCCGAUUGGGAAGUCAGUACGAUCGAAGCGCAAUUAAAUCAACCCCUCGAUGUGCAAGACAUGUUUGGUAUCGCUGAAGAUAAAUUAAACAAGAAACUGAACCAAAAACUCAAAAAAAUCGAAAACAAACCAGAAUCUAACAACAUUAAAACUAACAAAAAACCCAAAGGUGUUAAACAAACCUUCGAUCUCACAAUACCGAAACGAAACAAAAAACAAAUCAUAGACGAAGAAAUGCUGGAGCAACCUCGCGAAUUAAACCACGACGAUAAUGUAAAUGAUAAUGCAAGCGAGAACUUAAACCUAACAGCCCUGAAAUCCAUCAUAUCGAACGCGAACAAGCCCGAUGAACCGGUUAACAUAAACCCCGAUAAAUUCAUUCGAGUGAAGCAAUCCCAACUCGACACCGCCGUGCCGGAUAUUUCUAUAACCGAAGAAAACGAAGAGGGGGCCGAUCAGAGGGACUUGAUCAUGGAAGCGUUCGAAGACGACGACAUAGCGGUGGAUUUCGAAAAGGAAAAGGCCGAGGAGAUCGACAAGGACACGCCGAAAGACAUCGACCUGAAUCUGCCGGGAUGGGGAAGCUGGGCCGGUACCGGGAUCAACCCCAACAAGCGGAAGAACAGGCGGUUUAUUAUAAAAAUGCCGAAGAAAGUGCCCCGGAGGGACGCCAAUAAGGGAGCUUUGAUUAUAAACGAGAAGGCGCAGGCUAAAAUUAAACCGCUGCUGGUCUCCGAGCUUCCGUUUCCUUUUAAAUCCGUGAAAGACUACGAGGCUAGCAUUAGGGCUCCCAUAGGAAGGACGUUUGUUCCGGAAAAGGCUUUUCAAAAAUUCAUUCGACCGAGUGUCGUUACGAAAAUGGGUGCUAUCAUUAAACCUAUCGAUAGAAGUAUAUUAACAGGUGUUAAAAUUAAAUAGUAAAUUUUGUAUUUUAUUCAAUAAUAAGUGUAUUUUGAAUUUAA